AGAGAGAGAGAGGAGGGGAGGGUUGCAGCUUUUAGAACCACAGACACACAGAGAGAGGCUUCAUUCCCAGCCCCAAAGAUCCAGCCUAACGCAUCAAGCGCAGGGAGCAAGAGAAGAGAAACCCCCCGAUGUGUGCGUGUUUGUGUGCGCGUGUUUCUUCUCCGUGCCGUGUUUUUUUUUUUUUUUUUCUUUCCCUGACGCGUGAAUCAAGGCCACCAGGAUUUGAGGAGAUAACCGGGCCCUGCACACGCUCGCUGGAUCUCACCGUUUCAUUCCUUUAAAAAAAAGAAAAAGCGGUGCGUUCUCGCUUGGCACGCUGUGAGAGAUAUUUUUAUUUUUGUUGCACCUCUCUUGGUUCACUCCAAAAAAAAUUUAAAGCGAUAUAAACUAAAAAAAAAAAAAAACAGCAGGUCGUAUUCCUGAAACAAAUCGGUCAUGCUGCGCACCUGCCAGACCUCCGCUGCUCCCGGACCGGACUGUUGAAGAGAGAGAGAAAAAAACAGAAAGGGCAACUUUUUUGGGGGGGAGGAAGAAGUUGCCAUCAGAUCGGUUGUUGUGUAGCGGGUGGUGGAGGGGGCAAACUAAGUCCCUCCAUCGAAUAGAAGCACCUUUUUUUCUUCUUCUACAUCAUCCUUGAUAGGAAGGCGAAACGGCGACUUCAGUUGAUUAUCUCUCUUUCCUUUGCUAUCCAAUGGAUAUUCACUGCAAAGCAGACCCCUUCACAGCGAUGCACCUAUCCCACGUAGGGCACGGAGGUGUGAACCAGCUCGGCGGGGUGUUUGUGAACGGCAGACCCCUCCCGGACGUGGUGAGGCAGCGGAUAGUGGAGCUGGCCCACCAGGGCGUCCGGCCCUGCGACAUAUCCAGACAGCUCCGGGUCAGCCACGGCUGCGUCAGCAAGAUCCUGGGCAGGUGGGUGAAGAGUCUCCGGCCAAGCCCCGCAGCCAGAUACUACGAGACUGGCAGCAUCAAACCCGGGGUGAUUGGUGGGUCUAAACCUAAAGUGGCCACGCCAAAGGUCGUGGAAAAAAUCGCAGAUUACAAGAGACAAAAUCCAACCAUGUUUGCGUGGGAGAUCAGAGACAGACUGCUGGCAGAGGGCGUGUGCGACAACGACACUGUUCCCAGCGUCUCAUCUAUUAACAGGAUCAUCCGAACAAAAGUCCAGCAGCCUUUCCAUCCAUCUCCCGACGGGACGUCUCUUUCGACACCAGGCCACACUAUAGUACCAAGCACAGCCUCUCCGCCCGUAACCAGCGCUUCCAAUGACCCUGCAGGAUCCUACUCCAUCAAUGGGAUUCUGGGUAUUCCACGAUCCAAUGGUGAAAAGAGGAAAAGAGAUGAAGAUGGUUCAGAUGGUUCUGGCCCAAACAGUGAUUCUCAGGGUAGUGUGGAGAGUUUACGGAAACACCUUAGGGCAGAUGCCUUCACCCAGCAGCAGCUUGAAGCACUGGACCGGGUCUUUGAACGCCCCUCGUACCCUGACGUCUUCCCUACAUCGGAGCAUAUCAAACCUGAACAGGCUAAUGAGUACUCGCUCCCUGCCCUGAAUUCCAGCCUGGACGAAGUCAAGCCCAGUUUAUCCUCUAGCGCCAACCCAGACCUGGGCCCCAGUGUGUCGCAAAGCUACCCUGUAGGUCGAGAUAUGGCCAACACAACCUUACCUGGGUACCCCCCUCACGUUCCCCCGACAGGCCAGGGCAGCUACCCAACCUCUACGCUCGCUGGAAUGGUUCCUGGGAGUGAGUUUUCGGGGAACCCCUACAGUCAUCCACAGUACACAACCUACAAUGAAGCCUGGCGAUUCAGCAACCCAGCAUUACUAAUGCCGCAUCAAGAGGCUCCGCCCCUCCCACUGCUGCCACUGCCUAUGACCGUCACUAGUUACCAUGGAAACCAAAUCAACCUGCAGGACCAUGGCCUUAGCCUCCAUAUUGCCCCGGUGUGAGCAGCAUGGUCCACUGGACACUGAGCAACUGCGCAUAAAAUGUUCCCGGCUCACACAAUGAGAAACUUGACGUUUUUUAUUUUGUUUUUUUUUGGAGGAUCCCAGAUGACUUCUCUUCCUCUCUCUCUCCUCGUCAAAGCUUUUUUUGUUUUUUUGGACACUCAAAGCCCCUCACCCUCCCCCCAAAAAAAGAAGAUAAAUCUACAAGACAUCACCAGAAGAGACACUGAGAGUCACUACUCACUCACACAUGAUGAAAACUGUGGCUAAUUUCAGUGGUUUGAAACAAAAAAAAGAAAAGGAGAAACAAACAAAAAAAAAAAGCAAAAGACUGAAAACAAAAAUAUCAGAUUUGUUUUCCUCCAGCUGUAGCAGUGUCACAGUUUCAUCCCAUCAUGGAUCAAUACUGUACAUUCCUUUUCUUGACGGCUCUCAGCAGGGACGCUGUCCGGAGCUUAAAAUGUAGCAGCAGCCUUUUUUUUUUGUUCCUUCUUCCAUUCGUCUCUUUCUCGAUUCAGAUGGCAGUGCGAUCAGAGGAGAUUAGCAGCAGCACAUGCAGACUGCGGCAGGCUAACAUUGUGUUUCUUUUUUUUUUGUUUUGUUUUGUUUUGUUCUAAAAAUCCAUCUGAACAGUCACCGACCAAACAUCCAGCAUGAGUAAAAAUCGAUCGCUUUUGAUGCCAUGAGAAGAUUAGGACAUGUUCUCUGUGAUACACAAUCAAGAUGUAAAAAUGAAAAUGAAAUUAAUAAAGAAACAUCCGUUUGAGAAAUAGAGGGAGCCAUGACAAUAUAUCACCAUGGCCCGCCACUAUUUGCAAGAUUUCAAGAAACUAGUAAAUAUAUUCUUAAAAUAAUUUUUUUAUUUCAUUUUUAUAAUUCGUAACGACUAAACUGCAGACUGCUUGGCUAGUGUUUUACUACUUCUUAUUUGUCAGGAUACAAGAGGUCAUCAGGCAGAACCCUGUGUGUUUUUUUUGUUUUCUGUUGAUUUUGCACUAUUUUUGGAGGUUUGCAACACUGGAGCGUUUAUUAUGCAGAAAAAUGAUGAUGCAUAUUUGCUUUAUUUCAUGAAACUUGACUGUAAGUCUAAUAAGUCUCAGUCUGAAAAGGCACUUACAGUCUCUUUACAGUUUUUUCCUGUAAUUCAAGGCCCCAUCGUGUCACCGCCUUGACGUGCACUACUAUGUUCUCACAGCCUACAUUUUUAUUUAAGUUGAUUAAGUCUUUGGCAUUCAACCACACACACACACACACACACACACACACGCCACAAAAAAAAAGGAUAUAACAGCCAUCCCAAGUCAAACCAGUGUCAUCAUUUGUCUAGUCUGAUCCCAGAAGCGUCCAGAUUCACUCUGAUUGGAUGAUUCUGACGACUCUUAAUAACGUCAGAAAGCAGAUUUCAGCUAAAUGCCUUAAACAUGUUCCCUCCUAACUUCAGCUCCCUCACAUGUUUCAGGCCAAGUUGUUUCUUUGAAUCAAGCUGGAAUGACUGAUUUUUUCUUCAUCUGUCAAGUGAAUGUAUUUGCAUUUGCCAAAGACUUAGUUCUUGUUAAUGUUUAUUUACAGGCCGCAUCAUGAGAGCAGUAUUAUUAUUAUGAUUAGGAAAAAACCCACGUUGUUCAUGAGGAAAAGUAUAUGUAUAAAUUCUAUGCAGUGCAGAGAUGGUCAUCAUAUGCAUAUUCAGCUGUAAACCUAAAGGUAGGUGGAGUUUAUUUAAUUGUUAUGUUAUUUACAAAUUGUUCAUUUUGUAGAAGGAAUUUUUUGUGUGUGAUGUGAAGACACUUCUCUGUAAAUACAGUAAGAAAAAAUGUCUUUCAUGUUCAUGGGUAUUAUCACUUUCAUUAUGCUGGUCUCACUUGUACAAUAAUAAAAAGUGUCUGAAAUC